UUUCCUCCCAGAGUCUGAGCUGCUGCUGCUGAUCGCCAUGCCACGGAGCGACACCAGGCGCAGCGCGUGCGUUUACCCAACAACAUGGAGGACUUGCGGGGUUUUUUGCGCAUGGACUCUGCUGUUCCUGACAGAGGUCUGUGCUCAGUCUCAGCAGAGACCAACUUUUACAUGUGGAGGAAACAUCACAGGGGAGUCUGGAGUCAUCGGAAGCCAAGGAUACCCAGGAGUUUAUCCCCCAAACACCAAAUGUGUGUGGAGGAUCACAGUUCCUGAAGGCAGGGUGGUGGUAUUGUCAUUCCGCUUCAUCGAUCUGGAGAGUGACAACCUGUGUCGCUAUGAUUAUGUGGACGUGUACAGUGGCCAUGUCAGUGGACAGAGGCUCGGUCGCUUCUGUGGGACGUUCAAGCCAGGGGCCCUCGUUUCCUCGGGCAACAAGAUGCUCAUGCAGAUGGUGUCUGAUGCUAACACCGCUGGCAGUGGCUUCCUCGCUGUUUUCUCCGCUGCCCACCCUCACGAGAGAGGUGACCAGUACUGUGGGGGCAGAUUAAAAAAGCCCUCUGGGACUUUCCAAACCCCUAACUGGCCUGAGAAGGACUACCCAGCUGGUGUCACCUGCUCCUGGCAUAUAGUGGCACCUAAAAACCAAAUAAUCGAAGUAAAGUUUGAAAAGUUCGACGUGGAGCGGGAUAACUACUGCCGCUACGACCACGUCUCCAUUUUUAACGGGGCAGAAAUAAACGAUGCCAAAAGGAUCGGCAAGUUUUGUGGAGACAGCCCCCCAGCGCCGGUAUUCUCAGAGGGGAAUCAGCUCCUGAUCCAGUUUCUGUCAGAUCUCAGUCUAACUGCUGAUGGCUUCAUCGGACAUUACAAGUUCAGACCGAAGAAAUUCCCAACCACCACCACACCGCCCCCCACCACCACCUCACAGCCAGUCACCACCAGGCCAAUACCUCUGAAGUACUCGGUUGUGCUGUGUCAGCAGAAAUGUAAAAGACAAGGAACACUUGAGAGCAAUUACUGCUCCAGCAAUUUUGUGAUCACUGGGACAGUCAUUACUGCUGUGAUGAAAGGAGGAAGCAUGUACGCCACUGUCUCUAUCAUCAACGUUUAUAAGGAGGGCAACCUGGCAAUCCAGCAGGCAGGGAAAACCAUGAGCACCAAAAUCAUUAUCCUCUGCAAAAAGUGUCCAUUUGUCAGAAGAGGUUUUUUUUGUGUGACCCUAGGCUUGAACUACGUCUUCAUGGGACAGGUGGAUGAGGACGGCCGGGGGAAAAUCGCCCCGCACCACUUCGUCAUGGCCUUUAAGACAAAGAACCAGAAAGGACUCAACGUUCUGAAGAGCAAGCAGUGCUGAGCUCCGGUGAACUCCGAGGACCUCCUUUAAACUGUUUCUGCUCGAGGCUCGGCUGCGGAUGGAAACAAUUAAUGUAGAAAACAAUUCUCCUUGUCAACAACAGAAACACAGGCCACAAAUCAAAACAAAAACACAACUUGGAUUCAGAGCUGCCAGGAUAAAAUGUGCACAAUGUUAUGAAAUUACAGGCAAAGUCACAUUUGUGUAUUUAUGAUGGUUUGGAAACAUCUCUGUUUUAUUUAAACCUGCCAGUCUUUUUUUUUCUUUCAGACUGAGAUUAAUGAGCAGAAAAAAUAGCCAGAAUUUCCACUCUUGUUCUUAAAUUGUUCCCUGCCUCGUCACAUUCCAGUCACGCUCACAGCAGGGAUUUAAAUUGCAGCUACUAGAGAAACAUUACUCUCUUUUUUUUCUGUCUGCACAUCUGUUUGACACCCCAUAAUGGCAUGUUUGCCCUAAAAUGAUUCCAUACUUUGCCCUUCAGUGUUUACCUUCAAAGCAGCAGAACAUAAUGUGAAUAAGGGAUUUAUGCUUUAAAGGUCUAUUUCUGUCUUGAAUGUUAACAUCUACAGUAGUUCAAUGACUGCGUAUUAACAAAUUCAUGUGUUCAGUUUUACUGGGCAGGGGUUGAACUUUAGCAAACGUGGUGAUAAAAGUGCAAUAUUUAUUGUGUUUAUGUUUCCAUUGAAGCAAUAUUCUGUGUGCUGUUUGCAAAGCACCAUCAACAUAUGUCACAAACUGACAGUCACGGUUCUAAAAGCAAGCAAAAAAAAUCUAUUUUCAUGUACAAAAAAGUAUAUAUAUUAUUUAUAAUUUGUUGUUUUUAUCUAACCAAAUAAAGAUUUAAUAUGUUAACUUUGUA